AUGGUAGGAACGAAUAUACUCUUUUUUAUAAUUAGUAUUACUGUUCUAUGGAAGGAGAAAAAGUUUUUAGCAAAAUGCUACAACAAUGAAGGCCAUGAAGCGAUAGGAAUGGUUGCUAUGUCAGGGCUUAAAAAUGAUCAAUUAUAUGAAUUAAAAAAGUUGCUACAUGGAAAAGAUUUAGUUGAUGUUGGUAAGUGGGGGCAUCUAGUACAUAAUAAAAUAAAAGAAACAGAGUCUAUGCAUUAUAAUUUACAAAAUAGUGAUUGUCAAAAGACAUUAUUUCAAUGUGAAGAUAAAAAUGGGUUAUGUCUAAUUAAUUCGAUCAAGUACUUUUACAACAAGUUGGCAUCCGAUGCUUCUAACCCAUCCACUGCUUCUAACCCAUCCACUGCUUCUAACCCAUCCAAUGCUUCUAACCCAUCCAAUGCUUCUAACCCAUCCAAUGCUUCUAACCCAUCCAAUGCUUCUAACCCAUCCAAUGUUUCUAACCCAUCCACUGCUUCUAACCCAUCCAAUGCUUCUAACCCAUCCAAUGCUUCUAACCCAUCCACUGCUUCUAACCCAUCCAAUGCUUCUAACUCCCCUGUUGACGAUCCCCCGAAGAAUGGUAAGAGUGAACGUGAAGGUGUCCAUUUUAUAUAUCCCAAAAAUAUUAAAUUUACAGAUUCAGAUUCCUUAAAAUAUUUAAUUUCUUUAAUUGCUGAUAUGCACCAACCGUUAAGAAUAUCAUUUCGAUAUGACAAUGGAGGGAAGAAUAUUGACAUAACGUAUUUAGACAAUUACUCAAAAAGAGUGAAAAGCAAUUUAUUUGAAUUUUUAGAAAAUGAAUUAUUAAAUAAGAUGGUACAGAAGUAUGAAACAUCAUGGUAUAGUGGUUGGACACAUGUAAAUAGAAUUUUUGAUGAACAUAAAAAAGACGAAGCUUUAUUUGAAAAAAAUGGAAUAGAUGUUAUAAAUAUAUGGGCAGAACAAAUUGUAAAUGAGUUUUGUUCAGAAUUUUAUCUUAAUAAUUAUGUUACAAACUAUAUGAUAAGUAUUAAAAAUGAAUUACAUUACGACACCUCCAAAGAGUUAGAUAUACCCUAUGACUUAGAAUUUAACUUAGAAAGGUUAAUAAGACUCAACAUUUUAAGGGCAGGUUCAAGAAUAGCUAUUCUCCUUAAUCAUAUAUUUGCCAAUAAGAAAUUUUCAAGUUUUAGGAAAAAGUCCGCUUUUGACAAAGUUGCGUAUGAAGAAGUGGAAAGGCACAAAACAGCAUCCAUAUAUAGGGACAAUGCAAUAUUCAUAAAUAUAGCAAUAAUAUUUUUAAUACUGCUAAUAAUUUUCUACCUUAAUGUAGUAAUUAAUAAAAAAAGUAAGAUGUACUUGCCUAACAAGAUUGAGGAAAUUGAGUUACAAGGGAAGUGCAACUAA